GAAUAGUGAGACUCCAGACGAUUGCGUUACUAUUUUAUAAGAUGACUCAAGACCUGAGCUCGUAUUCAACGCGUGGCGUUCUGUAUCACCCUACAGCUACUGUUGAAUAGGCAACGCGGAACACGAGAACAGUUUUGGGCAUAUAAGUGGAAGCGUCUGUUUGGCGCUUGCGCAGUGCGAACCCUGUAACACACGUGUUAGAGCCAAGAUGUCUGAAACCGAUGGACACGAGUUGGAUAGCGCACAGGUAAAGAAAGCUGUGCAAGCGCUUCUUGCAUAUCAGAAAACUAAAGAAGAUGGCAAUUCCUUACUCUUAAAUGAGCACGACCGUAUUUCUUUAAUGUUAACCGUAUGGAAAAUACCCUCACGUGAACGAACCGUUAGAAUCCCCCUUCCUCAUGGGAUACGGCCUGACACGUGUGAUGUUUGCCUUUUCACAAGAGAUGAGCCUGACAUGACAUCUGAACAGACUGAAAAAUUCUACAAGAAAUUACUUGCUCAACACGGAAUAAAACAAAUAAGUGAGGUCAUUGCACUCAAAAAACUGAAAAAAGAAUAUAAACCUUAUGAAGCAAAGCGUCGUUUGCUGGCCAGUUUUGAUCUGUUCCUUUCCGAUGACAGGAUUCGCAGAUUCUUGCCAUCCCUCCUGGGGAAACAUUUUUACAAAGCUAAAAGGGAACCCCAGUCAGUGAACUUGAAAUCAAAGCAUUUGGCAGCAGUGCUAAACCGCUUUAUCCAAGGAACCCAACUUCAUAUAAGUAACAAGGGCUGUUGCUAUUCUAUCCGUGUUGGUAAUACUGGCAUGAAAGCUGAUGAUAUUGUCGAGAAUGCUGUUGCUGUUGCAAAAGUCCUUUCAGAGAAGCUGCCAAUGAAAUGGAAGAAUGUUAAAGUACUUCACUUAAAAACUCAGACAUCAGUAGCGCUGCCAAUCUUUAACUCUUCUCUCAGUAAUAUUAGCGAGCUCAAACUCUCAAACCCACAGAAAAAAAAAGAAAAAGCAAAGAAGAAAAGUAAAUCUGAUAAGAAAGCCAAGCCAGUAUCACCAGACUCUGGUGUAACAUCUGAUGCUUCAGCAACCAUCCAGGAAGAAGGUGAAGCCUCUGUAGAAAAAAGUGGGCCUGAUGACGUGGAUGAAGAGAUUCCACAGCUGGUCCCUAUCCAGCUGCCUACAAAGGGAGAUGGAAUAAAGACAAUAAAAACAAAGAAAACAUCUAAAGUGCAAGCAGAGAAAAAAAUAAAUGAAGUGAGCAAGAAAAAUGUCAUCUCAACACCAAAGGCUGCAGGACAGAAGCGCAAAGUCAGUGCAAAAAAAGUUGAUGUUUUGGAAACGCCACCUAAGCAGAAAAAGCUCAAAUCGCCAAAACAAGAGAGUGUGGAAAACACAAAACCUGAAAGAAGUGCCGUUAAAAAGACCCCCAAAGCAGCUUCUAAGCCUACAAUUAAACUCUCCAAGUCAGCUAAAAAAGCUCCCCAGACACCAAAACUAAAACAGAAAAAAAAAAUGAAGGUACCACAGUCUGCAUAACAGUCUCCAACAAUUCUGUCUCCUUGGUUCUUUUCUAAAGCAGCUGCCAUUCCCCCAGCUGUUACCUAACUGCUUCUUUUGUGUAAAGAGAUAUAGUUUGCUGUCACUUGAAGCAUUGUCAACUGCCUUUCUGGACCAUUAUAAAUAAGAAGUUAAUUUCUGAUUUUUAUAUCCUUGAAAACAUUACUUAGUUUUAUAAAUGAAUAUGAAACACUCUUUGUGCUGAUUUGAAUGAUACUUCUGCAUUAAACCUGCAGUGUGAAAUGUAGUAACUUUGUAUGAGCAA